AUGCAUGGACUUUUGCCCAAUAUUCUUCCUUUUUCCUAUUUAGGUCUCACAGCCCACAUUUUUUACACCAGCGCCUAUGAAAUCGGUUUCUUAGGAUAUGACGAUGACAGCGAUAUAGUACCUACCGGGAACGAGAUUCUCUGGCAGACAGCCCCCCCCGACAUCAACUCUACAGCUUGCCACCGUAUCAACCCAAGAUGGGCAAAUAACGUAGAGUACGCUUUUGUCCGAACCAAGCCCGACCAAGAACCAAUCCCACGAUUUAUAGGCUUCUAUGGAAACAAUGACCGUCCCCAAACCGGAUGUAUUCCAUUUAACCUAAAAGUGAUCAUCAAAUGGGAACCCGAGCUCGGAGAUCAAUUACAAGCGGCGGACACACUAAAACGAGACCUUAACCGAUGGGCGGUAUUAGAACCCCAUACUGAACGAACCGAACGACUACGAGAUAUUCUCGCAACUUUGGAAAUGGAUUAUGCGGAUGGCCAUGUAGCGUGGCGUUCAGGUGAUGAUUGGCGGGUGGAUCGAGAUCCUAUUCGACUCUUCGGCCCUAACGAAACUGAGAUUGAAUUUCGCCAGCGCGAUAUCAUAGAUUCGGAUAAUGAGAGCGAUUAUAAUUAUGAGCGUGACGGCGACGACGGCGACGGCGACGGCGAUGAAAACGAAGAGAUUAUUGGGGAUAGCCUCGGCUCUCCUAGACAAAGUGGGAGCACAGAAGGCUCAGAGAUAGCCGCUGGUCCAGACGAUCCGUUGCGAAAUAUACAAUGGCCGAGUUCCGUUUUGGAUGCGUCCCGAGAUUUAUUAAUCAGCCAGAUGCAGCCCAUGGCUGGGGUGUUUGAAGUCCCAGAUGUGACUGAUCUACAACUGUUGAAUUUGGGGCUUGAGCCUCCGAUUGACGAUAUUUUGGAUCUUGCGAGUACAAGAUCAAGCGUAGCCAAUCAUCAAGCUGGGCUGACAGGGGCAAUGCAAUUAAUGCGAGAUCUCAGUGGUCCAGAUAGUGACCUUGAGACGGGUCAGGAUUUCGUCGGAAGAAAUCCUCUAGAUGAGUUAGAGUAG